AUGGCUCGAGUUGAUUUUGGGGCAGUCAUUGCAGAGGAUUCGACCGGCAAUGUUUACGCAGUGAAGUUAUUCAAUGGCAAGCAAAAAGGUAAGAAUAAAUGCCCACAAAAGAACAAUGACGCAUUAAAAUAUAAGCAAAAUCCCACACUUGGUUUUGGUCUUGUCUUUGUAUUUUCCAGAUUUCUUACAGGUGCUCUCGAAAAAGCAUUUGAAUCUCCGACAAAGGAAGGGAAUGAUGUUAACACUGGCGAGAAAGAGGCUGACGAGGGAUUUCAAGAGGGUGGUGCAGAAAGGGAACAUGGCCUUCUCAAAAUACUUGCUGAAAAGGAUGGAUUUAAGGUUUCAACUUCGCAGGUGUUAGUUAUAGGUGCAACAUAUCAAUCGGACAUACUUGAUCCUGCUCUUUUGAGAAAAGGCCAUCCUGACAAGAUUAUAAGGGUUGGUUUGCCAUCUAAGGAUGGAAGGUUGGACAUAUUAAAGGCAGACCUAGAAAACCCUCCCUUUCUUGCUGACCUCUAG